GCUCAAGGGCUUCACGGAUAGGCCCAAAGGAGAGGUUGGUGCCAACAGGUUUUCGCCUACGAGCCAUGCCAGCCCUAGACCGGACCUUGGAUGAGAUGAUCGAGACCUCGUGGGAGGGUAAAGGCCGUGGUAAAGGCAAAAUGAACGGCAAAGGGGGCCGUGGCUUCGAGCGCUCUGAGCGCUCCGAGCGCUCUGAGCGAGGUCCUAAGCUGGACAUGAGCCUGGAUGAGCUUGUUGACCACGAAGGCAUCGGCAAAGCCAAGGGCAAGGGCAAAGACUGGGAGAAUGGCUCUGGCAACUAUGGCGCUGGAGCUUGGGGCAAAGGAUAUGGCAAGACAUGGGGGAAGACCUCAAAAGGUGAUUCACAGAAAGGCGAGUCAUACAAAGGAGAUUCCUCCAAAGGCGGCUAUGGCAGCAGCUAUGGCAACAACUAUGGCAGCUAUGGUGGCAGCUACGGUGGCAGCUACGGUGGCAGCUAUGGUGGAGGCUAUGGUGGCUAUAACAGCUAUGGCAAAGGCAAGAGCUGGGGGAAGGGUAAGGAUUGGAAUGGAUCGACAUCCACUUCCACUCCGUAUUGGAUGGAGCACGAUGACUGGCGAGGAGAUGAAGAUGAAGGGAAGGGUGCUCCCGUGAAAGGGGCCGCAUGGGGGAAAAGUGCAUGGCGAGAUGAGCCGCGGAGGGAUGGCGCCUGGGAACGGGAUGUGCCUCGUGACCGCGGCUACGCGGUGGCCUCGGAGGGCGCAUGGAGCCGAGUGGACCUCGAGCGGGCCCGCGACCGCGACGGCCGCGACGGCCGCGACGGCCGCGACGGCCGCGAGCGCGAUGCCCGGCGCUCAGCGCUAGCCGCCGUGGCGGAUGCGGUGCGCGGCGAGAAGCGACGCCGAGGAGACCGUGAGGAGAGACCCCGCUCAGAGAAGCGGCCCCGGACUCGCACGGCUCCGACGCGCAUCAAGGUCACCAACAUCCCCAAGGAGUUGAAGGCUGCUGAUGUCAGAGAAGCAUUUGAGUCGCAGACAGGAAAAAUCACCCUGUGCGAGCUUUCCAGAGGUGUGGCCAACAUCACGUUCUCGCGCGCCAAAGAUGCCCAGUUGGCAGUAGAGACUUUCGAUCGCGGAGAGCUCAACGGCAAGGUCAUCACCGUGACUUUGGAAGAUUGAUGUUUGAUAGAGCGCCCUCUUGCGUUCUCACACCAGAAAAUGUGGCAUUCUAAUCCCACAUUCGUUUUGUGAAGGAGGGGAGGACCGGUUGACAGAGCGUAGCAGUGGGGUCUGAGACACAGACUGUGCGUCAUGAGCUCCACGGCAAAUGUGUGCAGUGCUGUUUGAUUUGAUUACGUGGCGUUCUGACUUUGACAGCUGACUUGCCUUUACAGAUCAUGACCUUACGUUAGACUUGGUACACCUGCUUGGAGCAUCCGUAUGAAGAUUUGGGGGCUAUCCCCUGAAGUGCAACGCACUUGAGUAGCAGUGAGCAUGUGCAAUCA